AUGGAUGAUGAUGAAGACGUGAGAAGAGAACGAGCAAAGCGAUUCAUUGUCAACUCCAUAGAGAAGAUUUUGCGGCUAGUACCUAACAACCGAAACUUGAUUGCCGAAGCCCUUCAAGACAAUGACACUUCGGAAGUUGAAGAUCUUCAACAAAGCCCCGCGAUAUUAUUUGAUUUAUGGGCAACGACCGGCGCGACUUAUCAUUCUGACGAAGAAUGUGAGGAUGCCGAUCAGCCAUCACCCAGCCAAGAGCCCAUGUCAGGCCCAUCACGAUGCGAAAGAAAAUCACCGAGACCCUCGCAAAACUCUGACGCUUCUGAAUUCUCACAUUACAUCGACACAAGUUACGAGGAACGAAGCCAAGCUAGAGAAACCCUGGCGAUCUGUUCCCAGCGGACGAAUGAUCUGAGGAAAUCAUCAGAAUUGUCCUACAACUCACCAGAGUGGGAUGCACCAGGGCUUUCCCAAAAGAUUCUAGAAAGCCAGCAGCUGUCUUCACAAUGCUUUAGCGAUGCAUAUUUCUCAGAUGACGCCCUCGAAUUUCUGCCAGCCACGCAGACAUCUUGUGAACAAGAGGACGACGCUUUUUCCUGUGAAUCCGAUUCUCCCGUGAUCAAGGAAAACAGAAUGACAAGUACAGCAGCAUUACCCCGCCCGGGGAAACAAGAAGACGAGUUUUCGGACGGCUGUGACGAUGAAUUUUCUCAAUCUACGACGACAGAAGCGGCCUGUCCUGCGAAUGUAGAGGAUGAGCCAUCGACUUCGACCCGAUCUAAUCAGAUUCUGGCUUCCUCUAAUGAACCCUUAUACGACGAGUUUUCGUCGAGUGAAGAAGAGGUGCCGGGUCCUUCGAUUUGUGACGUGACAUUGCCACCCGAGAGCUAUGUCUGCUCUUUCAAUACAAGACGUCAUAUUGAUGCCGAUCCAGUUAAUAUAUCAGAAGCGGAAGGCAUUUUAAUACGCACAUCAGAUGCGAUCAAUAAUUCUAUCGGAAAAAGGACACUACAUGAAAGCGAUCCUGCGGAACACUUUAAUGAUGGUUUCUCAGAUGAGGAUCGACCUUCUAGGCAAAUUAUACAAGAAGACGAGUUUUCGGAUGACUGCACUUCAAUUUGUGACAAGACGAUAAAGCCGGAACGCGAUGUCUCCAUUUUUAACAAAAAAAGAUACCUUGUCGAUAAUUACAAUGAGUUCUCAGAAGAUGAGCAGGCUUUAGUCCAACGGGACCAUGUGGUAAAGAAUUCUAUGGAAAUUAGAGAAGACAACGACUUUUCCGAUGACUGCGGUGAAUCUCCGGAUUUA